UUCACAGCUAUAUCCACCUCAGUUGAAGCUUCUACGCUUCGUCCAUUGUUAAUCAGCACAUUUAUAACAGCUACGGAAGUAGAAAAUUCUGUGCGGAAGAGGACAAGAAUCAAAUUAAUUUCUCUACAUUUUUAGGGUUUUCUUCUACUCCAAUGGCGACUCACAGUUUUUCAUUACUUCCAAUCCAGUCUUUAACUUCCAAUUCUAGCAACAAACAAAGUGAGAAUACUAAUACUUUUUUAACCCAUAAGUAUUGUAAAGCUCUGGCUACUAGUUUUACCGGCGGGAAGCUCUUGAUUCGGCCGCAGAAUUUGAACAGUGUUACUCUCAAACGUCGUCGUUCUACAGUAGCAACGGUUGCAUUCAGCCUCCCUAUUACGAAACCAGAGGGUUAUGAGAAACAGCCCAAAUGGUCGUCAAGAGCAAUACAGGCAUUUGUAAUGGCUGAAUUAGAAGCAAGGAAGAUCAAGUACCCAAAUACUGGCACUGAAGCUCUUUUAAUGGGCAUCUUAGUUGAAGGGACCAGUUUGGCUGCCAAGUUUUUGAGAGCAAACGGUAUAACCUUUUUCAAGGUGACUGAAGAAACACUGAAGUUGCUUGGAAAAUCCGACAUGUAUUAUUCCAAUCCAGAGUCUCCUCCCCUUACUAAACCAGCUCGGAAGGCUCUUGACUGGGCAGUCAACGAGAAAUUGAAAUCAGGUGAAGAUGGGGAAAUAACUGUCACACAUAUUGUUCUUGGUAUUUGGUCAGUAAAGGAAUCAGCUGGGCAUAUAAUAAUGUCUACACUUGGUUUUGAUGACGAGAAGGCUAAAGAGCUGGCCAAAUUUAUGGACAAGGACAGUGAGCUGACCUAUAAAUAACUAGUAUUGGAUGCACAAGCAUUUGACGCAUCCUUCUAUCACAAUCUUCAGCUAGUUUCUCCUGCAGAAGAGUUUAGUAACAAAUGUUCGUGGCCUUGUAAGCAAUUUUCCCCCAUACACAAUUACCAUUUAUUUUAACCCUUUUUCAGUAGAAGACAUUUUGUUAUCUAAACGGCUGGGAAAUUAACACCAUCAAUUUCAAUUAGUAUUCCCCAAAAAUACGGUACUCUCUUUGAUCCUCCUUUUUCUUUGGUUUGGGGAACUGUUUUCUUUGAAGGUACAGAAUGGUGAUUCAGGAACAAAACUAUAACUUGAUAUUUUCGAUUUUCAUGAUGAGAUAAAAUCAAGUGAAAUUUGAUCUAGUAAUACAAGUUCCUAAAUGAAGUCUAAUAUUUUAGUUUGAACA